AUGGUGUCCUCUUAUUCAACUGAGGAUAUGUUUCGGCUGAACGCUGAUUCUGAAGGUUUGUGCAAUAAUGUUCUUCGUAGUGAAUUAACAUCUCCUUUUACAAAUCCUACUUCACAUGAAUUAUUAGUUUGGAAUCGUAAACAAUUAUCAUAUUUAGAUGUACAAAAAUUAGCUGCACAUUUUGGUCUAGCGAAUCCAUGCUGUUUAAUUCAUCGCCUAGCUGUAAUAAUUGGCAAUCUUUUUGUCUAUGAGAAUUGUGAUCUCUCUGAAGUCAUUCUGCUCAUCAAAUCAAUGUUCAAUGAAUUCCAUAUUGAAUUAAAACUUCGAUAUGACCGGCUGAUCUGCUUGCCAUCAUUAUCAUUAUAUGAGGAGAUAGUGAUAGGCCUAAUUUGA